AUGCAGAGUUCUUCAAGCUCAGACGAUUCGUAUGAUACCGAGGUUCCAAACUGGUACAUUUACGGCCGGUGGGUUCUGUUUGUGUGCAUUAUUGUUGCUGCUAUCUUCACAAUUGUGAGUAUAAGCUUCAUUAAUCGGAAACGUGCACGCUCCGGACGGCCUAAUCUUCCCUUCACAAACUUCUAUCCCCUCUCACAACCUCCUCCCUACACACCGUCCGCUGAUAUGAACACGCCAAUAAGGAACGCCGAACCUGCUCCUCCGCAAUUUUCGUCCACCGGUGAGGUUUACUAUUCGCCCACCGUCCCCGGCGAGAAUCCUCCCCCUGCUUACCCAAAGGCCGUUGCUUAUCCAUAA